UCUUAUUUAAGAAGGAAUGAAGACCAAGUUGGAAGGAUAUGAUUUUUACAGAGAAGUGCUUGGUUCGCCCCGCUAUGUCGUGGCCCCUAUGGUCGACAUGAGUGAGCUAGCUUGGCGACAGUUGUCGCGUGAGAACGGCGCGCAACUUUGUUACACCCCCAUGUUUCACUCACCACACUUUGCUGACAGCGCUACAUACCGUAAGGACAACUUCCACACCACUCCCGAGGAUAGACCUCUUAUCGUUCAGUUCUGUGGAAACGACCCUCAGACUGUAUUGAAAGCUGCAAAGUAUGUCGAGGAUCAUUGUGAUGCGGUGGAUCUCAAUCUGGGAUGUCCCCAAGGUAUUGCUAGACGCGGCCACUAUGGUGCAUUUCUGCAGGACGAGUGGGACCUGAUAUCAAGCAUCGUAUCUCUUCUCCACAAGGAGCUGUCCGUCCCAGUGACUUGCAAGAUAAGAGUUUUCAAGGAAGUGGAGAGAACUAUUGCGUAUGCUAAAAUGAUGGAGAAGGCUGGUUGUCAAUUACUGACCAUUCAUGGGAGGACGAGGGAGAUGAAGGGACCGCACACUGGUAUUGCUGAUUGGGAACACAUUAGAGCUGUUAGGCAGGCUAUCAAGAUUCCCAUGUUUGCUAAUGGUAAUAUCUUGUAUUUUGAGGAUAUAGAGAGAUGUAUUGCAGCUACUGGAGUUGAUGGUGUGAUGACCGCUGAGACGAACCUCUACAACCCUGCUCUUUUUACUGGUAAAAACCCGCCAGUAUGGGAGAUGGUUGAUAGAUAUUUGGAGAUAGCUCAGAAACACGAGACUGGUUUUCAGCAUGUCAAAGGUCACGUCUUCAAACUCUACAACAUCUCAUUCCAGAUAAAGCAUCAUCUACGAGAUCUAAUGGCAAAGGUGCACAAGGUACAGGAUGUAGUUGACGCUCAACAAAUUAUAAAGGCCGAACUUAUAGCAGAUUCUAAAAAGGAAAUUCCGGAUAUUCAAGUUCAAAGGGUGGAAACUUGCGCGAAUUUUAAGCACCUUCCUCAUUGGGUUUGUCAGCCCUAUUUUAGAUCUACACGACUGGAAGCUCUUACUGGUGAUGCGAAAGAAGUAGAGACAGAUAUGGAGGCGGUACUACAAGAAGAGAGGAAAGCACGCAAAGAACAGAAGAGACUUCGCAAAGCUGCUCUCUUCCAAAAAGCGUUGCUAAAGCCCGCCAAAAAGCGAAAGUUUGCAAGUUGCACGAGUUGCGAGCAGAAUCCUGGGUCAGAAAAAUGUGUUCACAAAAUGUGUAAACGAUGUUGCCUUUCUAAAACAGUUGAAUUGAUCGUGGAUUGCGAGCACCAUAAUGUAUGGGCUAAAGCCCGAUAUGAAAGGAUGUAUGGAACAAAAAGUAAGGACAAAACUGAGAAAGGGGAUCCAAUUGCAACUGUGUAAUAUUGUGUAGAUCGAAACGUAUGAUUUAUGCUAUUGAAAUAG